CAGGCGCAUGCGGUAGCGCGUGCGCGCGGGCGGCGGAGCCGUCGGGAUGUCGCGUUACGGCCGCUAUGGAGGCGAGACCAAGGUGUACGUGGGCAACCUGGGCACGGGCGCGGGCAAAGGCGAGCUGGAGAGAGCCUUCAGCUACUACGGCCCGCUGAGAACCGUGUGGAUCGCGAGGAACCCGCCGGGGUUCGCCUUUGUGGAGUUCGAGGACCCGCGGGACGCUGAAGAUGCCGUGCGUGGACUUGACGGGAAGGUGAUAUGUGGCUCGAGGGUGAGAGUGGAAGUGUCCACGGGAAUGCCGCGGCGCUCCCGUUACGACAGGCCCCCUGCCCGGCGCCCCUUUGACCCCAACGACAGAUGCUACGAGUGUGGUGAGAAAGGCCACUAUGCCUAUGACUGUCACCGCUACAGCCGCCGCAGGAGGAGCAGGUCCCGGUCUAGAUCCCGCUCAAGGUCCCGAGGAAGGAGAUAUUCUCGGUCACGCAGUCGGAGCCGUGGUAGGAGGUCCAGGUCAGCUUCCUAUCGUAGGUCCCGGUCUGUUUCUCCUCGUAGGUCUAGGUCCGUGUCUCCUCGCCGGUCCCGAUCGGCUUCCUUGAAGAGAUCAAGGUCUAGAUCAAGAUCCAGAUCUAGGUCAAGAUCUGUUACAUGGCCCCGAAGCAGGUCUAGGUCUCAUGGCAGAUCAAAGUCUGGCUCUCCAGCUAAGAGUCGGUCAAAGUCCCGAUCACCAUCUCCAAAGAGAAGCCGCUCACCAUCAGGAAGCCCGCAAAGAAGUGCAAGUCCUGAAAGAAUGGAUUAAAGUUAUGAAGUUAAUCUUUUAGGAAGAAAGUUAUUUUGCUUACAUUAUUAUAAGGGAUUUUGUGGUGUCUUUGUAAAUGUAAGAAUGUAGAUAGAAGAGUAUAUCGACUAAAAUUUGGCAUGAUCUGGGUCUUCUGAGUUAGUCACACCAAUAGACUAGCACAGGUCUCUUUUUAUUGUAUGAAAUAACUUCCUGUGAUAUGAAAAUGUGGGACUUUUUUAUUGGCACAUUGAAAUAAAAUGUGUAUUUUUAACUAAAACCUCUCUGUAGUAACCCUGCUGCUUCUGUUAACAUUUGGGUAAUUUUAGCUGUGUGCCAUGUAAUGUGGAUGACAAAUGUCUAAAAUGGGAAUGACUAACACUGGUCAGUGUCUUCUCAAGGCAGCCACUUUUCACAUCUACUGUUGAAUGGUCUUUGGUGAAAGGAUCGGUUCCUGCUUUCUUUAAAAUGGAAUUUAAAAUCCAUGUCUGUUUACAGAUGGAUAAAAAUUGGCAUAUGACCGUUUCAUUCCUUGAUGAUUAUUUAGUGGGCAUUCAUUUUUUUUUCUCUGAUUUGCUUAUUCUGCAAAGCUUAUUCCCUGGUGUUUGACUGGUGAUACCAGAUGCUCAAAAAUUUAAGGAUAAACUUUUCUCCAAAACACAUCUUUUAAGCAGAUAACAUCUGCAGAAACCUCUAAAGGUAAUAGAAAUCAUUAAUAACUUGACAAUUGCUACUUUCAUUUGUUUCAUUUUUUAGUUCCUUAGGAUGUUAAUAUAAAGAAAACUUCUUAAAAUAUCUCAAGGCGGGUUUUCCUUUUUUGAGGGAAGGAGUAAGGCCUUCUGAGCUACUUUCUGAAGGACCUUAUGAAAAUGUGUUUGAGAGGUGAAAGAAAGCUGUUGCCUGUCUUUCUGCAGCUCACUCAAACUCUCCUCCUUUAAGAUUCUCAACUGACCUCAGGAGUUCUAACCUGCUUCACAGAAACUGGUGUUUUUAAAGCAGCCUCCAUAUCCUGGAGAUGGUUUUGUUGAAUUAUGCUAAUUUCUUACAGCAGAUGUACAACCUGCAGGACUAACUAUUUGUGUAUAGGUGUGUCAAACUCUGUCCUCAUUCUGUAUAAAAGAAUUGUAUGAUAAGGCACUUUGUUGACACAGAUCACAGUAAAAGACUGGAAACAACGUUAGAAGACUGCACAAACAAACUGGUAGGCAGAGGGGAGAAAAGCAAACUUUUUUUUUUGCUAGGAUGGGAUAUCUAGCAGAUAUCCCAGUUUCAGCAGUAAAUAAGCACUGAAAUGAAAAGCAAGGCCUGUUUGGGCUUCUAAUGCAAUCUGUCAUAGCAGUUUGCUUCCAAUGUGUAAACCACAGCAGAGCAGCUCACCUGGAAACAAAGUUACAAGAUGAACUUGGGUCACACCUUGGGUAAUGUGGUUUUCAAGAACCAGGUUUACUGUUAACAUGAAGCUUUUCCAGUGUUAACAGUCCAGAUUCUGAGUGUGCUGACCUGCUGCAGCAUCAUCUGGCCCUUGUGCCUGGUCCUCACUGCUGUGGUGCUUCCUGUGCCUGGAUCCUCCCUGGUGCCCACGAUGGGCGUUGGGUGUUCCCUGUGCCAGGUGCAAUGACCAGUAUUCCAGCAAUACCCGUUAAAUUCCGUUGUUGCCGCAGUGGGAGAGCAGGGGGUGGCACGAAUGUUACCCUGCAGUGAUUCAGCCCAAAUGCUCAAAGCCUGUGAUCCGUGUUUGGAAUAUUUACUGGUUGUAAAUAAACUGCCUGCCCAGUUUAUGGUGUGCCUGGUGAGAGGCACAUGUACACCACUACUCUGGAA